GUGAUGUGUGUGCCGCGCAUGCGCCGUGGCGAGGCGGGCGGCUGCCCAGUCUCGCUCGCCAGCCAGACACUUAUCAUCGGAGGUUCGGCGUGAGCGCGCCUCUUGCUCCGCAAGCCGCCGCUAAUAUUAGCAUGCGAGAGCGCGAGUCGGCUGCGAGUCGCAAUGCACGCGUCGCUCGUGACUCGUGCUGAACGCUGAAGCCGCGCGGCUCCGGGCGAGGUCGCGCAGGGCGGGCGGCGCGCGCCGGUGCGCCCCGGGCACCCUGCGAGCAAUACCACACGCACCACGUUCACUACAGGACGUGCUCCUCACUCGCGACAACACAAAUACUACAAAUCAUUUGCAAUUUCAUCAAAUCCAGAACUAUUGAGUAUUCAGUGAAGUGCUACAUCAGUCUAACGUGUCGGGACGCUCCACAUUGCCGCCGGGAGAUGAUUCACCACUGAAAUGUGAACAGUUUUUGCUUCUGUUUGACAGAUCAACGCACAUCACAACAGGUAGUGCAAUAAGAAAAUCAUCACAAUGACGGUGGUCACCAACCCAGCACGUACGAACUCAGACGAUGAGAUCGAGUCGGGGCACGAGAGCGCGGCGGGCGAGUACGCGGCCAGCGCGCUCGACAUCGAGGAGCACGCGCGCCUCUACGACGACGAGAAGCAGUCCGACAUCGUGUUCGUGGCCGGCAUCAACGGCGACACGUGGCGCUACCCCGGCCACCGGCGCGUGCUCGCCGCCACCAGCCCCGUGUUCGCCGCGCUGCUCGCCUGCAAGACCGACGUCAUCGUCGUCGACUACAUCGACCGGCGCGGCUUCGAGCAGCUCCUGCGCUACCACUACUGCGAGCCCACCCAGCUCAACUCGGUCGGCACAGCGCGCUGUGCCCUCGAUGCAGCUUACAAGUUCUUGUGUGCACCCCUUGCGGAGCGCUGCGCUCGGCGUCUAGAUGAAAUGUUAGACGCAGGAGUCGCGUUAGAGAUUUUACGCGAUUUAAGGUUCCUUUGCGCAAGAUUACCUGGAGCUGCAUCCGCACCACCAUUACCGGCACUCUCCGACGACGCAGCAGCUCGCUCACUCGCACAAUGCUCGCGCUGGUGCGACUCUCUAGCUCACAACGCACUGUUGGUGCUAGAUGACGACGCAGAUACCGCCCUGACUGAUGAACGACUAGAAGAGCUAACUUAUGAAGACUUAUCGCUAAUAGUAAAACGAGAUACAUUACGUGUGUCGAGUGAACUUGUGCUGGCCGAAGCUCUGUCGCGGUGGGCCACAGCAGCCUGCAAGCGCACCAAGCGCGAACUGACUUCAGCCAACAAGAGAGCGGCACUCGGAGAGCUCGCUUAUUGUCCGCGUUACUUGCUGCUGUCUGGAGAGGAGCUAGAUCGAGCUUUGGGCUUGGAGCUUCUGGAGCCGAUGGAGCGCGCUUUAGUGACGGCGCGCGCUCGUAAGCUGUCGGCGCCGGUGCCGGUGGGCGCGGAGCAGGAGUCGCUGCUGCGGCGCUGGGCGAGGCCGCGGCCCGUGGAGCCGGCGGCGCUGCCGGUGCAUCUGAGCCCGCGCUCCGAGCCGCCCGUGGACGAGCCGCAGCCCAGCAAGCUGUGCGCGCGCCGCCCCAAGCGCCCCAAGCAGCCGAGCUUCGCGCCAGAAGAAAAACGCAAAAAGAAAGGAUGCUGUGCAUGCUUCGGAGAAGGACUCCUACGAGCAUUCAUUUGUUUGUUCGACUGAGACAGGGAGCCUACUUAUGUGUAAGGUGGUCGUGUGGCAUUUUGACAAGUGUGGACAAAGUUAACUUUAAUAUAAAAUAAGACUUUCGACUGAGUGUUAAGUAAUGAAGUGACAAAAACUAAAAUACUUACUCAUUUUAUCUUUCCUGUCUAUCUGACUUAUUUUUCAUUGUAAAUGUUGGAUUAACUUUAUCAAAACAAAGUAUACUUUAAGUACAUACUUAUUCUAUUUAAUAAGAUUCGAUCAAUUACUUAACCACUUACGAAUAAAUAAAUUAAAUUCAAUUUGGAUAGACUUGGAGAGGUUCAAAAUGUAUAGAAUGCCAUCUUUUGUAUUUUUUUACGAAUAUAAAAUUAUAACUAUUCGUAAUAAUGUCUACCUUCGUGAGACUAUUUAGUGUUUUGUAGCAUUCUGUCAGUACUUAUGAUUUACUAUUAUGAUUCUAGUAUAAUUAUAGUCUGUUUUUUAAUCUCGUAGACUAAAUUGACACUUGCAAAAUGUCAAACUUUCUAAUAAUUUUUCUAGCUCUGUGGUGCAGUGUUGUACUUACGAUACCGGUUCGUUGAAUCGUAACUUUUUAUCUAUAAUAGACGAAUUUAAUAUUCAUUCAAAGUUUUAUAUUUAAAAUUCACGUACGUACACAUGGCUGUACGACGUGCUACAAACUGCCAGGGAUAUCUGACCACGCAAAGCCAUGCGUAAUCAUCAAGGAUAAGCCCAUUAUUUCAGGAUGACUUAUUGUAAAAAGUUACGAUUCAACGAACCGGUAUCGUAAGUACAACACUGCACCACAGAGCUAGCAAAAUUAUUAGAAAGUUUGACAUUUUGCAAGUGUCAAUUUAGUCUACGAGAUUAAAAAACAGACUAUAGACUUAUUUUAUGCAGCUGAAAAUUUGAGGUUUUGAGUAACUAUUAUGAUUAUGGAGACCAUUUCAAGUCUGUGUUCAUUUAUACUUUAUACUAGUUUGCUUAUGUGUGUGGGAAGAGAUCUUUGCUAGCUAAAUGCUAGGACGAAUAGUUCAAUAUAAACGCGAAGCCGCGUGUUCGUGUAGUAGAAUGUGUAUGUUGUGAUAUUUAUAUUAUUUUUAAUUAAUCACGUUAAUUUUACAUGUUUAUUAUGAUUACAUAUCAAAUUGUUUAACAAUUUGCAUUUAUCAACAUUUGGUGAUAUGAAUUGGUGCACAAAUUGUCAUUGUUUAGUUACGUUUCAAUUAGUUGUUAUUUACUAUAUUUUGUUGCAUUUAUUGACAAUUGUGUGCAAGAUAUUUCAAGAGGUUAUCUAAAGAUAAUACCUUCGCGUAUCAAUGCAGUUUACUGCUGACAAUAAUUUUAAGUAAAUGUAGCCAAAACAUUCGAAGAAUUUAACGCCAAAAUUGUCUUAAAGUUGUAGUUACCUAUCUCAAACUAAAUCUAGAUCCUCUAUGAGUUUGUUCAACAAGUUAGUUUUUAGGUAACCUCUGACAAUCGAGUAGCUUUGCUUAGUAAUAUUUAGACGAAUUGUUUAGUGUAAUUCUUCCAUAAUUUAGUGAAAUAGUCACCUAAAUAUUCACUAGUCGUAUACAAAGUACAUUGAUUGUCAAAGAUUUUUUGUGUAUAAGAUUUUUUUGAAGAAACGUUCGCAGAACGUAUUACUUUUGUAAUGUACCUACUUAGCUUCAAUUGUAAUCAAUUGUACGUAAAUUGUGCCAUAUCGGAUGUGGCUAUAUAAACAUAAAAUAGAAAUGAUUUUGGUGUCUUCAAUCAUACUUGGAUUAUAGAGAGUCACUCUCCAUUCAUUGAGUCUUAGCAAAUUAAAUAAAAAAGCUUUUUAUGUAAUUAAAUUACUUAUUCAAUGUAUGUCCGUGACGUUUUAAACGAAUAUUAAUGUGAAAUGAGAUUAUAAUAGAGAUUUUUUCGCAAAAUAUUGUAUAAAUUAAUUUAUUGUAAUCAUGAAAUAUGUGUUCGGCUCAGAGCUGUCAAACAAGGAAACCCAUCCUGAGACAAAUAUAUGAUGUUAAAAUAUUA